UGUUGUUAUUAUUACUACUUACAUAUUGUUAUAUAAUGUUUAUAUAGAGUAAUUUAAUGCACAUAUUUUAUUUCUUCUUGUAACUGUAACGCAACCAAUCCCCCCCAGGGAUCAAUAAAUGUGAUCGAUAGCUAUAAUCAGAGCCUGAACCAGCCGCUGGGGGGCAGCAGCGUGCAACCUGCCGGAAAUCCAACAGUAGAAGAAGAAGGAAGCAGCUAGCUGCUGUGCUAACGUGCUAGCACUGCAGACACAAACACAUCCUACACUCGAUUAUCGAUUAUUAUCGAUUAUUAUCGAUUAUUGGGACACUUUCAGUCCGUUGUUUCGGAGCGUGUUCGAUGCCGUGGCGGUGCUGUGUCCCCGGCUGUAAGGGCUACGACGAGGCUCGGUCCAUGGGGGUCGUGUUUCACGGGUUACCGACCCGGGACCCGCCGCGCUGCAGAGCCUGGCUGAGGGCGAUCCAGAACCCGCGGCUGGACGAGGACACCCCGGUGUCCCGGUACAGCGGGGUCCGGGUCUGCAGCCUGCACUUCACCCCGGAGGACUACGAGGAGGACUUCAGGGCCAAAAUACUCAACACUGCGCCCAAACCGGUGCUGAAGAGCGGCGCGGUGCCCUCAGUGUUCCCCGGGAGAGAGCGCGGUGAGCCCGGCUGCACAGACACCGAAGCCCCGGCCCCGAAGAGAGCCAGGACUCAGACGCCGUGCGGCGCUGCAGCGAGCUCCUCGCAGCCACCGGUGGCGGCGGCGGUGGCGGCGGCGUCCGACGAAAGCUUCUGCAUCGUGGUGUCGGUGGACCCGCUGGAUGACAGCUUCCAGUCAGAGCCGGAGUUCAACUCCAAAACGACGUCGGACGAGUCGGACGAAGACGUGGACGAGGACUGCACCGUGGUCUACAACCGCAGCCUGAUGGAGCUGUUCAGGAUGUGUCAGACCUGCGGGCAGCCCAUCCACGAGAAGGAGGCGUUCCACUCGGGCGCUCAGAUGAGGGUGAGGUGGAGCUGCCGCGGCGGACACUCGGGCACGUGGAAGUCCUCGCCGCACCUGAGAGACGUGCUUCCUUAAAAUCCACCUGCAGAGUGGAGCUCACGAGGAGACGGACGUAUGAUGGGAGAGCACAGAGGAUUCAAACCUUCGUGCUGGAGGACGAGGCUGUGGAGCAGCUUCAUGAGACGGAGCACCCGGAGGUUCAACAUCUGGCACACAGCAGGAAAUGGUUGUUGGACAUUAAACUCUACCGGCGUCAGAAUGUAAACAGGAAAUGUGCCGAGUCCUUCGAGCACCGACUGAACAACAACUGAAAGUGAACUGGUGACGUCCAGUCAGCGGGAGAAUAAAGCAACAACAGGAAACUGAACACAAAGCGCUCGACCUCCGCACCCUACAGCAGCAUCCAGACCAGCUCAGACUGGUUCUGAAUGACGGACCGCGAUGCUGCACCACAUCAACGCUUUAUUAUUGUUCCUGUUUCAUUAAACACAGUGAACUGUAUCACAAUGUUGCUGGGAAAUAAAUACAUAUCUUCAUUUAUAGCACAUUAAGUAGCCUGAUGGUGUGUAAUCUAUAACAUGUGUCACCACAACAACUUAAAUAAAGACUUUUAUUAUA